AUGCCGCCGACAGACGUUUUUCCAUCCUUUCCCGGUUUCCCUCUGGAGCUGCGGCUGAAGAUAUGGCGCGAAGCACUCUUGGUCCCAUCUGUCUGGGUCGCGGUUGUCGAUGGCGAUGCUGAUGCCCUUAAGGACACUGACAACCGGAAUCCUCUGCCCAUCAACAUGGGUUUCAUCGGCUCUGCGGCUCCCCUCGGCAAAAGAGUCAACGGCCUGGAGCAGUUCGCCUAUCCAAACGGCCCCUGCCUUCUCCCCGCCCGCGGCGGCAAUGGGGAUGGGAGCGAGAGGUGCGAGCGUGCGAGCGAUGCGGCCGCGCGAUGGUAA